AUGGCUGAUCAACCAGGCAAGAAAAUGACAGACUACCAGGAACAGGGUCUGUUACAUGAGAUGUUUUCCCGCCAGGCAGAAGUCACACCGUCUCAGGUGGCACUGGUAGAAGAGAAUGGCUGUCAAAUGACUUUCAGAGAACUGGAGGAUCAAACCAACAUCCUGGCUAGUUACCUUUGUAGUCAGGGUGUGGUCACAGACAGAAGUGUUGGGAUCUAUCUCAACAAAAGCAUAAACUUUUCACUGUCCUACAUAGCUAUCCUAAAGGCUGGAGGAGCCUACCUGCCACUUGAUGUUGCUUACCCACCAUCCCUACUACAUUCAAUACUCGAUGAUGCUGAUCCUGUUGUUAUCAUCACAUCUCCAGACCUUGUCUCUGCUCUUCCAGACAGAAAAAAUGUCCUGGUAUUAAAAAAGGGAUGGUCAGAGGAACUGGACAUCAAAAAGAACAUUGACCAAACAAAAAAGGCUGACAGUGAAGUGACGCUGGACAGUCUGGCUUAUAUUGUGUAUUCUUCAGGAACAACAGGAAAACCUAAAGGUAUUAUGUGUCCUCACAGAGGGUCAGUUUUCUCCUACCACUGGCGCCAUGUAGCAUUCCCCUACCAUCCUGAGGACAGAGAGGCUUGCAAUGUCUUCUUUACCUGGGAAAUGUUACGGCCUCUCCUUAAAGGUAUCCCUAUGUACAUUAUCCCAAACACUGUUAUCUAUGAUCCACCAUUGUUAUGCGACUUCUUGGAGGAACACAAGAUCACGCGCAUGCUGUUCACGCCAUCACUCUUGGAGGCUGUUCUGAAUACCUCAGGACUUGACCUGAAAAGCAAGCUUAAAAGUAUGAGACAGAUCUUGUUCUGUGGGGAAGUGGUCACCACAGCUCUAUUUGACCGUUGUUUGAAGCUGUUACCAUGGAUACAGUUCCUGAACCUGUACAGUGUGUCCGAAUGUCAUGAUGUGGCAUGUGAAGAUCUUGGAGAAUACUUCCAAAACAAUAAAGGAGUUAUAAACUCACGAAAGUUUUGUCCAGUUGGACGGAUAUUACCUGGGGUAGAAGUGGUCAUUCUUGAUGACCAGUACAAUCCACAACCAGUAGGAAGCUCAGGGGAGAUCUAUGUGGGAGGUCCUACUCUGGCCAGAGGGUACCUUAACCGUCCAGAGCAGCAGGCUGUUAGGUUUAUAACCCGACCUGCAUCAGUACCUAAAGGAAUUGGAGAUAAACUGUACCGCACUGGUGAUUGGGGAUACAUGCUGUCUGAUGGGAGUCUGGAGAUCUGUGGAAGAUGUGAUUCAAUGGUUAAAAUCAGGGGCUACUCCAUAGAGGUACAGGCAGUGGAGACGGCCAUACUAGAGUUGGAUUUGGUGACUGCCUGUGUCAUUCUAGUAGAAGGAGAUGAAGGAGACAACAAGUUUCUGGUUGCUUAUGUUGUUACUGAGAGUAAGACAUCUAAGAAAGCAUUACGAGCCGCCCUCAAACUCAGUCUUCCCUUCUACAUGAUUCCAUCCUACUUUGUCAUUCUGCCAAGUCUCCCAAUAGUUGAGGCAACAGGUAAAUUAGACAAAAAAGCUCUGCCUCCAUUUGAUAAAGAAUGUGAAAACGAUAUUGACAAAGAGGCUCAACCCUCUACUGACACUGAGAAAGAGGUGGCGCUGAUAUGGAAACAGGUCCUACAGAUCAAGGAUGUGGACAUUCAGGAGAGUUUCUUCGACCAGGGAGGACACUCCCUACUAGCUACACAACUACUGGGAAACCUUCGUGACAAGUACCAGCUAAACAUCACUGUACAUGACCUCUUCAUUCACCCAACCAUUGCCAGCAUCAGUCAGCUGAUCGAAGCAAAAAAGAAAAACAUUGAUGAUGUAGACCUUGUGAUUCCAAAAAAGAAAUUGGAUCUGAAAGCAGAAGUAGCUCAUCAUGAUAUGGCAAAGGUCGAUAUUGACAUGAAACUGAGAGCCUUUUGGAGGAGUUUUAAUCUGCACAAUGAGAGUAAAUUUAAAAAAGCACGAGUCUUACUUACCGGAACAACAGGUUUUCUGGGGGCCUUCCUCCUCAGGGAGUUACUACUCUCCACUAAGACUAUGAUUUACUGUGUGGUUCGGGAUCUGCCUGACAAGAGUCCUACUGACCGUGUGGAAGCAACACUCAAACAGUUUGGAAUUUUGCCCUGUUCAGAAUCCCCUACAAAAGAGCAAAUCUUUCUUGCUAAGCAGUUCAGAUCCUAUGUCCAUGCCAUAAAGGGAGAUGUGGCAUUGGUCAAGCUUGGCAUGAAUGAGGAUGAUUACACAUACUUGUGCACAGAAAUUGAUUACAUCAUACACGCUGCAGCAUCUGUCAACCUUGUGUAUCCCUAUAGUGCUCUACAGGGUGCCAAUGUAAAUGGAACAGUAAACAUGGUGUUGUUUGCCUGCACUGGGAAAAUCAAACCAAUUCACUAUGUCAGCACUGAUGCCGUGUUCCCUAAUGGUCAGCGAGAUUGUAGGGAAAAUGAUGACAUCAUAUCUUUCUCAGACCAGCUGACUGAUGGCUACUCCCAGUCAAAGUGGGUGGCAGAACAACUCAUAUCUAGAGCAGAUCAGCGAGGCAUUCCAGUGGUCAUCUAUAGGUUAGGCAACAUGUCAGGUGACACAACACAAGCCUACUGGAAUCCCCAGGAUCUGACGUUGCUGAUGCUGCAAGCAAUCACUAAGCUUGGUGUUGCACCUGAUGUUGACUGGCAAGUGGAAAUGACACCUGUAGACUUUGCUGCCAAGUUCCUCAUCAAAAUGACUUACAAUUUAUCCACUGCUCUAGGAAAGGUCUACCACCUUCUCAACUCCAAACCUAUACACUGCAGGUGGCUGUACAAGUGGAUGAAUGCCAAUGGUUUCCCUGUGGAGGUCAUCAAGUUCACUGAAUGGAAGAAAAGGUAUAUUGCGACACAUAUCAUGAAGAAUUCUGUGUUUAUUACUAGAUAUGAAACUUCUUGCUUCUGUUGACACAGAGAUGAAAGUUUUUUCUGCGAGCUGAGUACUUACAGAACAGAUAAUCUAGACCAAGCUUUGUCCCAACUUAAUAUGGAAUACCCAGCAACAGAUGGGGAACUGCUCAAAACCUACUUUUCACAACUUAGCAAGAGAGGGGUCAUCACUUCGGACCAGAGAUCACUGAAAAAAGACCCUGGACCACUGGAUGGUAAAGUCGCUAUAGUGACUGGGGCUUCUAGUGGUAUAGGGAAGGCAAUUGCAAAGGCUCUGGCAGGAGCAGGUGCCAAGGUUGCCAUGGCAGCGAGACGAGUGGAACGGCUACAGGAAGUGGAAAAAGACAUCAAGGCAAAUGGAGGAGUGAGCAUUUGUAUCCGAACUGACGUCACGAAGAGAGAUGAGGUGAAACAGCUGGUCAGUCAGACAGAGUCUAUACUUGGUCCAGUCGACAUCAUGGUCAAUAAUGCUGGAACCAUGUACUACACAAUGAUGAAAAACCUUCAUGAGGAUGAAUGGGAUACACAGAUAGAUGUCAAUGUCAAGGGUUUAACAAAUGGUAUCGGGGCUGUCCUGGAUGGGAUGUUGACACGCAAGUCUGGACAUAUUAUCAACAUGUCCUCAGAUGCCGGAAGGAAGGGAUUCCCAGGCCUUGCUGUUUAUUCUGGAACCAAGUUUUAUGUAGAAGGGUUGUCCCAGGCCUUGCGACAGGAAGUUUGUAAAUCAGGUGUGCGUGUGACCUGUUUACAACCAGGAGAUGUUGGCACAGAGCUGCUGUCAAACAACACUGACUUGGAGGCGCGGUCAGCCUAUGAUGGAAGUGAGUCAUGUCGUAUUCUGGAUGCAGAGGAUAUAGGUCGAGCAGUGCUGUAUGCGGUCACACAGCCACCACAUGUGGCAGUCAAUGAAAUCCUGAUUGAGCCCCGCGAGGCUCCAGUGUGAUAUUAUUAUAAGGUUGUGUUAGGUGCAGUUGAAAUGUACAGCAGAUAAUGGAACUGAGCGCUAAAUUAUUCAAAGAAAUCUGUUCUGUUUUAAGAUCAUCAGCAUGUCCUAACUGUUGUGAACUUGAGGGGUAUGAAGAGGUCAGGGAUCCUAGAAAUGAUGGCACUAAAUACUACUGCAAAUGACUUAUAAGAUGUUCUCAUCUAAUGUAAUGUGAGUGGUGACAUUGUAUCCAGGUCAGAUGUAAUGGUGAUCUGCUCAUGUUCCAGGGUAUCCUUGUAUCAUUUAGUAUUUUUAAUCAGGUUUAAAUAUUUUCAACUGAAUCAUUUCAGAGAAAGCCAAAGUAUUAAUGUUUCAUAUUUUCUUUGGAACAUUUUUUUUCAA